AUGAGGUCGCAUAUCUGGACAGUAGCAUUGCUACUUCUCUCCUCGACCCCUUCAUUUUCGCACCCACAAUAUAUACCCUCAAACGAACUUUUCGUGCGCGACGCAAAUGCGAAUGAGCAUGCGUAUACGGAAACAGAAGAUUUCACCUGGUAUUCGAGAGAAAAAGAAGAUGGCGAUUUGUUUAAACGGAAAGGAGGUGGAGGUGGAGGCGGAAGAGGUGGUGGCAGUGGUAGUUCGAGUAGUGGGAAGGGAGGUGGCGGAGGAAGUUCUUCGAGUUCCUCAUCUUCCGGCAGAGGAGGAUCAGGAGGAGGAGUAACUUCCUCUUCUUCUUCCGCAGGUGGCGUCACAAAAGGCGGAUCCGGACCACGACCUGCUUAUGGCGGUGGAAGAUAUUAUGGCGGUGGAGCAGCAACGCCGUAUUCAGCCGGACGUCCGUCACCAUUAGGAAUAGCUCCUCUCUUCCUCGGCCUGGGCGUUCUAUCCAUCUUUCCCGGUCUCUGGCUCUUUGGCGCCUACAGCUAUCCAUUCCACAAUCCAUAUACAUUCCGCAACCAAUCUGCCAUUCGCAAUUCCACAAAUACUGCAUCCACAUCACUAGACACUCGUCAAAAUUCCGACACAACAGGAGUUACCGAAACACGACCUGUCACUUGCCUCUGCGCUGCAUAUUCAGAAUGUGGAUGUGAUGAUAAUGGAGAUGCUUCGUUCCUGGAUGAAUUGAUCGGAAAUGGAAGUUAUGCAGCGUUGAACAAAACAUUAGUUAAUGUCGCGGAUGUUAAUGGAACGACAACGAUUCUUAUUAAUGGGACAUUACCCAAUGGGACGACUGCGAGUGGUGGAUCGGAUUCUGCUGCUGGAAGAACAGUUGCUGAGGGUAUGGGUUGGUGGGUUAUGAUCGCCAUGGUUUUUGCUACGUGUUUUGCUAUUUAA